AUGGCUACUAUCACUUUUGUGGAAGCUAGGCAGAUCUUUGACAGCCUUGGAAACGUCACCGUCGAGGUCGAUGUCCACACAUCCACCGGCGUUAAGGCCACAGCCGCCGCUCCUACUGGAGCUUCCACUGGAAUUUAUGAGGCUCUUGAGCUGGGUGGUGGAGGAUCAAACUACCUUGGAAAAGGUGUCUUAGAGGCUGUUGGAAAUGUUAACUCAAUCAUUGGCCCCGCUUUGAUUGGCAAGGACCCAACUCAGCAGACUUCUAUUGACAACUUCAUGGUUCACAAACUUGAUAGGACUCAAAAGCUUGAAGCCAAUGCUAUUCUUGCUGUGUCUCUUGCUGUUUGCAAAGCUGGUUCUGUUGUCAGUGGAAUUCCUCUCUACAAGCACAUUGCCGAUCUUGCUGGUAUCGACAAGUCAGUGGUUCUACCAAUUCCUGCUUUCAAUGUCAUCAAUGCAGACAACAAGGUUGGGUUCAUGAUUCUCCCGGUUGCAGCCUCAUCUUUCAAAGAAGCCUUGGAUAUGGGUGUGAACGUUUUCACCGAGUGGAAGCCUAAGAUUGCGGAGAUAAAUGCUAGUUACAAUGGUGAUGAAGAACCACCAAACAUUNAGAACCCCGAGCUCUGUCUCAAACUGCUCAAGGCCGCCAUCGACAAGUUGGAAUACACUGGCAAGGUUGGAAUCGGAAUGGAUGUUGCUGCAUCCAGUUGCUACUCAUCAAACACGACCUACGACGGCUUGAACUUCAAUAAAAAGCAACUGGAUGCAGCAACAUCCAUUCCGAUUCCAACCUUGCCAGUGUAUUCCAACUUGUCGAUGGCGGCCUUGAGCAGUUUGAGACAGAGCUCGGGGGUCAACUAA